GGCUUCAUUCAACAUGUGAUAUUGUCAGGGCCUGGGCGGAACCCAAAAUCAGACAAGGACAAGUAGAGACCGUGGAGGGUGAUUUAUUAGUGAACAGCAAGUGUAUGUGGAGAGUAUGGACAGAGUGCAGGCAGGGGAGAUGGAGUGAAGAUGAUUCCAGGAGUCCAGGCAGUCAGGAAGGAGAAUGUGGGUCAGGAUGCAGUAGAUGAACUAUGGUUGUUGAGGCAGAAUCCAGGCAGGUGAACAGAGAUGCGGAAUCCUGUGACGGAACAGAGAACAGGGCCCAAAGCUGCAAAACCUAUCCCAAAUUCUAGGAGAUGUUCAAGUCAUCUCUGGCUCCGCCUCUCUGAGUAUAGAGCACCUCCUACUGGCAGCAGAAGGCCUCUAUACCUGCCAGGCCUUCUAUUACACGGAUCAAGUAUCCAAGUUCAUCUGGUACCACAUUCGCCUACAAGUACUGGUUCCAGUCAGUAAACCCUAUAUUCUACUGAGUGACAAGUCACCAGAGGAGGGAUCUUCGGUGUGGCUGCGCUGCGGCCUGGAAAACGGAACUGGGCCUCUUUACUUCCUGUGGGAGCAUGAGACUAACAGCGGAUUGGUCGAGACCGUCAGCCAGGGCAACAGCAGUAUGUUGAACAUGACAGUUGUCAACCGUAACAACACAGGCUGGUACCGCUGUGUGGCCCAGAACAAGGUCAACCAGGAACGGUCUGACCGCAUCUGGAUAGACGUCAUCUAUGGUCCAGAUGUCCCCCAGAUAGAUGUGAUUCCCUACACUAUCACUGAUAGAGGAUACUCUGCUGUGGAGAGACAGACAGUCUCUCUUCUCUGCCAGGCUGAGUCCAAUCCUCCUUGUCAAUAUGUCUGGUUCUACAACAACAGUCAGGUGUACACAGGACCCCAGUACACCAUCAGUAGGAUUCUGCGGAUUCACACUGGUACUUAUGCCUGUCAGGCUCAGAAUACGUACCUCAACACCCGUUCCAUGAAGACCAUCAGCCUCAUUGUCUACUACCCUCCAGAAGGUUCUCCUUCCUGCUCUGUUCUGCCAGCGAUGAAUUCCUCUUCCCUCAACCUGACCUGUUCCUGGACAGGGGGCCUGCCGUCCCCCUCACUCCACUGGACUAGAGACCUGCUGACCCUGACACAGGAAUGGCUAAAGCCUGGAGAUGAAGGGGCGUGGCCAGCAGAAUAUGUGUCUGUACUGCAGUCUGGAACCCAGACCUCCAACAACACUCUGUUCACCUGCCUGGGGACACACCCUGCUCUCAACACCACCACACAAUGCACUGCAAGGGCCUGGUCUCCUUCUGGUGGUCUGGUGUGUUCUGCUAAUGCCACCAGUACAAACCAGCACCUGCUGCUGUCCUGCUCCUGGCAAGGUGGGUCUCCCAGGGCUGUGGUUUGGUGGGAGGUGCUUAAUGGAGAUUGUAGGGGCCAAGGAGUGGAGACCUCCAACAUCUUGGUACCUCGUUCUAAUUCCACCCAGAAUGGACAGGCCUACACCUGCUAUGCCAAACAUCCCCUAGACAGGCUGACUAGGAACUGCAGUAUUGUUCCAGUCAGUAAACCCUAUAUUCUGCUGAGUGACACGUCACCAGAGGAGGGAUCUUCGGUGUGGCUGCGCUGCGGCCUGGAAAAUGGAACUGGGCCUCUUUACUACCUGUGGGAGCAUGAGACUAACAGCGGAUUGGUCGACACUGUCGGCCAGGGCAACAGCAGUAUGUUGAACAUGACAGUUGUCAACCGUAACAACACAGGCUGGUACCGCUGUGUGGCCCAGAACCAGGUCAACCAGGAACGGUCUGACCGCAUCUGGAUGGACGUCAUCUAUGGUCCAGAUGUCCCCCAGAUAGAUGUUACUCCCUACAGAUUAACAGAUAGAGGAUACACUGCUGUGGAGAGACAGACAGUCUCUCUUCUCUGUCAGGCCCAGUCCAAUCCUCCCAGUCAAUAUGUCUGGUUCUACAACAACAGUCAGGUGUACACAGGACCCCAGUACACCAUCAGUAGGAUUUUGCGGAUGCACACUGGUACCUACGCCUGUCAGGCUCAGAAUACGUACCUCAACACCCGCUCUAUGAAGACCAUCAGCCUCAUUGUCUACUACCCUCCAGAAGGUUCUCCUUCCUGCUCUGUUCUGCCAGCGAUGAAUUCCUCUUCGCUCAACCUGACCUGUUCCUGGACAGGGGGCCUGCCGUCCCCCUCACUCCACUGGACUAGAGACCUGCUGACCCUGACAGAGGAAUGGCUAAAGCCUAGAGAUGAAGGGGCGUGGCCAGCAGAAUAUGUGUCUGUACUGCAGUCUGGAUCCCAGACCUCCAACAACACUCUGUUCACCUGCUUGGGGACACACCCUGCUCUCAACACCUCCACACAAUGCACUGCAAGGGCCUGGUCUCCUUCUGGUGGUCUGGUGUGUUCUGCUAAUGCCACCAGUACAAACCAGCACCUGCUGCUGUCCUGCUCCUGGCAAGGAGGGUCUCCCAGGGCUGUGGUUUGGUGGGAGGUGCCUAAUGGAGAUUAUAGGGGCCAAGGAGUGGAGACCUCCAACAUCUUGGUACCUCGUUCUAAUUCCACCCAGAAUGGACAGGCCUACACCUGCUAUGCAAAACAUCCCCUAGACAGGCUGACUAGGAACUGCAGUCUCGUUCCAGUCAGUAAACCCUAUAUUCUGCUGAGUGACACGUCACCAGAGGAGGGAUCUUCGGUGUGGCUGCGCUGCGGCCUGGAAAACGGCACUGGGCCUCUUUACUUCCUGUGGGAGCGUGAGACUAACAGCGGAUUGGUCGAGACCGUCAGCCAGGGCAACAGCAACAUGUUGAACAUGACAGUUGUCAACCGUAACAACACAGGCUGGUACCGCUGUGUGGCCCAGAACCAGGUCAACCAGGAACGGUCUGACCGCAUCUGGAUGGACGUCAUCUAUGGUCCAGAUGUCCCCCAGAUAGAUGUGAGUCCCUACAAUAUAACAGAUAGAGGAUACUCUGCUGUGGAGAGACAGACAGUUUCUCUUCUCUGCCAGGCUCAGGCCAAUCCUCCCAGUCAAUAUGUCUGGUUUUACAACAACAGUCAGGUGUACACAGGACCCCAGUUCACCAUAACUAGAAUUCUGCGGAUUCAAACUGGUACAUAUGCCUGUCUGGCUCAGAACACGUACCUCAACACCCGCUCUAUGAAGACCAUCAGCCUCACUGUCUACUACCCUCCAGAAGGUUCCCCUUCCUGCUCUGUUCUGCCAGCGAUGAAUUCCUCUUCCCUCAACCUGACCUGUUCCUGGACAGGGGGCCUGCCGUCCCCCUCACUCCACUGGACUAGAGACCUGCUGACCCUGACACAGAGAGGGGCAGGGCUUUGGGAUGAAGGGGCUAACCAUGUAUCGGUACUGCAGCCUGGAUCCCAGACCUCUAACAACACUCUGUUCACUUGCCUGGGGACACACCCUGCUCUCAACACCCCCACACAAUGCACUGCAAGGGCCUGGUCUCCUAAUGGUGAGCCGGUGUGUUCGGCUUUUGCCACGCGUAACAACGAAUACCUGCUGCUGUCCUGCUCCUGGGAAGGUGGGUCUCCCAGGGCGGUGGUGUGGUGGGAGGGACCUAAAGGUGAGGGGAGCACCCAAGGAGUGGAGACAGCCAACAUCCUGGUACUUCAUUCUAACUCCACCAAGAAUGGACAGGCCUACAUCUGCUAUGCCAAACACCCCUUAGACACACUCACUAGGACCUGCAAACUCACACUGGAGGCUCCAGUCUUGUUGACCCAGCGUAGUAUGGUGUCUGUGUUUGAGGGCAAUGAUGUCCAGCUUACCUGUAUCCUGCAUGCCAACUAUCCCCCAGCUGAUCAGAUUGUCUGGCUGAACAACCGCAGACAGGAAGUUGAACAGGAAGUCCAGGAAGCUCUGGCCACAAGGAAGUAUGUUCUGCGUCGUGCAGCGGCGUGGGCCAACUUGACAGUCCUACAGACAGACGGAAAAACAGACAGCGGCCAAUACUGGUGCUCUGCUAACAAUGCGGUGGGAGGGACCGAGAUACCUGUUACGCUAUUGGUCAAGAGGUACCCUAUGCCCCCCAAUGUGACCCUGGUGCGGCUGGUGUACAGGAGUCGACAGCGUCUUCAGGUGGAAUUGGAGUGGCAGAUAAAGGGAGAGGGUGAAGGAGGAGAGGGAGGAGGGCUGACUGGAUUCAUCCUGGAGCGUAGACUUUCCACGGCACUGGGGAGGAGAGGAGAGGGGGAAGAUGAUACAACUACAGCCCCUGCUGAGCAACAGGAGCUGUUACAUGAGAAGAGGGGUAGUUCCUCUCCUUGGCAGCAGGUGGCGGUGUUGGGAGCUGUAGAGAGGGCUCACACGAUGGGUAACAUGACCCCAACAGACACCUACCAGAUACGCAUCACAGCUGUCAAUCACAGAACCCUUGGACACCCCUCCCCCCCCAAAACACCAGUUUUCACAGUUGGACCAUAAGCCAAACUCUUUACAAGGAACACAUUUGCCAAUGGGACCCCUCACUGUGCAAUUAACUUAAUUUUGCAACUGUAAUGGUUUGGUACACGUGGAGGCAGAACACAUGCGCAGAGGUACUCAACAAAAAGUUGUUUUCUUCAAAAACUUUGAAUAAAGAUGGACUAACAUUAAUAAAGAUGGACUAACAUUAAUAAAGAUGGACUAACAUUAAUAAAGAUGGACUAACAUUAAUAAAGAUGUACUUACAUUAAUAAAGUAAGGCACUAACAUUAAAACAGCAGCAUCACACAAUGACAACACUAGGACAGGAGGAGCUUAAAUAGGGACAUGGUAAACAAGAUAUAGGUGAAGACUUAACGAGAGACACAGGUGAAACCAAUCGAAAACAUAGAAACAGAACCAAAGGUCACUGAACAUAGAAAUGUAACCGCUGGCACUACUAAAGAACUGCAAGUGCUUCUAUAGAUAAAAUAAUAGGUACAAUAAGUGUCAGCUUUAAUGCAGAAAUGUACAAACUACCUUAACGCCAAAAUAAAUUGAAACAUAAGCAAUUAUCAAAUGCGCUCUCAAGGUUGAUUAGUGUUAGAGAUCUCAUGGGUAUAAUUAGAGUUAGGGGAAACUAUGUGUCUAGUAAUAUGCACGUUAUUCAUGGCCGAAGCUUGAACUCCACAAGGUUGAGGCCUGGCUGUGUGACGCCAUGGCUGACAACACUGUAGACUUCUACAGUACCCCGGACCCCGACAGUUCGAUUCCACAGGCAUACACAACAAGAAGCUAUAAUUGACUUGACUGGUUUGGUGAUCAGCUUGGACCUUUUAAUCGGUCAUACCUUUCAAAUGCUGACAAGAGUUAUCAUAAA